GCCAGCAGCAGCUGUUUUGCAAGGCAGCAGCAACAAAACAUUAACGCGCUGCUCAAGUGGUUGUUCUAAAUUCUAAGUAGUUUUCGAUUGGAUUUUGAGGUGGAUUUGUUUGCUUUUUGCCGUGAAAAGUUGAGCCGAUUAGUGAUAAACAUUCAGCAAACAGUGUCGUUGUUAAACUUUAGAACGUCGCUUUAAAAUUUGCCACCCACUCAGCAGCAGCAGCACCACGCAGAUAGAUUCUAAUCGCGUGACUCGCGUUCUGGGUGAAGAUUCUGUCUGAUCCUAGUUAGUUUGGUGGUUCGGAAGAAUUCGAUACAUUCUGCAAGGAUAGGCAUGAGCCGGAUGUUUCCAAAGAAUGAAACAACAAAUAAAAUGAGAAAGUACUUCAAAAGGCAACAAAUCUUGAGCACAGCUGCUGCACGAAGGACGGCGAUAUGCUGAUUUAAAUUAAAACUGAUUCGUACGACAAAACAAAUAGCCUCCUUGCAAGUUGACUGAACUGCAACGAAAUUUGGCACCGAGCGAGAUUUGUGAUAAAGGAAAACCCAAAUUAAUCCGGUGCUAGAAUACAUAAAAAAUCAUUCAAAAUUUCUCCCUCAAACGAAAAACAAAACCCGGACGCCCGACCAACGAUGGCCAUGAUUCGGUCGGGCAAGGAGUUAGACCCACCGAGACCCCCCACGAGGAAAAACGCAUGCGGAGCUAGCCAAACGGUGCCCCUCUUCUGCUGGCGAGAAUUUGCCUGCGGCUGGGGGGCAGCCUUCGUGAACAUUGCCGUCACCUACCCAAUCUACAAAAUGAUCUUUCGUCAGAUGCUUCACGGGGUGCAGCUGAAUCAGGCCUUCGGACAGCUGCGGAGCGAAGGUAUUACCUUUCUCUACCGAGGGAUAUUUCCGCCGCUGGCUCAGAAAACCAUUUCCCUGUCGCUGAUGUUCGGAGUGUACGACGGGACCCGGAGACCUCUGGUGGAAACCUGGGGUGUCAAUCAGUAUACCGCUAAAAUCGUAGCCGGUAUGACGGCGGGAACUGUGGAAGCUGUGCUGAUGCCCUUCGAACGGAUACAAACGCUUCUGGCGGACGCCACCUACCAUCAGAAGUAUCGCAACACGCCUCAUGCUUUCCGACUUAUCUUCAUCGAGUACGGCUUCCGGGAGCUGUAUCGAGGACUAAUUCCCGUACUAUGGCGUAACGGGCCCUCGAAUGCAAUGUUUUUUGUGCUGCGAGAGGAAGCUGAUGAACGGCUGACUAAACGGGCCACCAUAGCCGGCCAACGGACCCAGGAAUUCAUUGCCGGCGCCUUCAUCGGGGCCUUCAUCAGCUCGGUGUUCUACCCGCUCAAUGUACUGAAGGUGAUGAUGCAAAGCCGCUGCGGAGGUCCUCACGACAGCAUGUGGGUCGCAAUGCAGCAGAUCUACCGUGAACGGGACUGCAAACUGCGGAAUGUGUACAAGGGCGUCAGCAUGAACUGCACCCGGGCCUUCUUCAGCUGGGGCAUCAUGAACAGUGCAUACGAGCAGCUGAAGAAGGUUUUCUACUAGAAAGGCGGCGUCGCUUUAGGAGGGGUUGACAAUAAGCUUGAAUAGUGUGUAAAAGGGAAAACAAAACACUUCUGAAAGAAGUGUUUGGUCGUUUAAGAACCAUUCAAAGAGAUCAACUAUUGUGAUGUAAAUAUUUUAUUUUAUAGUUUCUUUUAGCUGAAAUGGUCGGUUUGAAUUCAUUAGCAACAAAUCACUAGUAUUUCUAGUCUAGCAAAUUGACACGUGAAAGUCAACUGAUUAUUAAAAUACACGAAAAAAAUAGUUCAAUACACAUUUUCGAAGCCUCACACUUUGAACAGCCACUGUAAAUACCAUUUUAGAAUCCGUUAAAGUUAUAAUUUUAGUUAUGCCUUCAACUCCCCAAAAUGUGCAUUUACCACCCCAGCAAUAGAAACCGCGAGACUUUCGUUCCUUUCUCUCAGUCCGGAAUGUGAUUCAAUAAAAUUGAUCACACCAACCGUUUUCUCAUCGAGUGUCUGUACAAAGAAGCGCACCCUUCUCAUAGUCCGUAAUUCAUUCAUAGUUUCUUUAUAAUUUGCUGCAAGCAACCCCACUACCUAAUUAUGAUAAGUUGAACGUUAAUAACGAAAACGAACGACCAGUGUGUGAAUCCCGUUGGAAGUGUAUAAAAAUGUUGUAUAAAUGUUUAGAACAUUACUUUAAUAUUAUAGGCAUAACGUAGCCGUACUUUUGUCUUUCGUCGCACAGUUUGUGUGUGCCUGUGUCGUCUGAAAUCUAUUUUUCUUUUCGAGGAAACUGUUUAUCGCGAAUCGAUUUGACAUGUGCGAACACAAGUGGAAAACAAAAUCAAUUAAACUUGAUAUUGGUAUAUUUAAAGACACAGA